UAUCAUAGUAUCAUGCAACUUUGUAUCGCCUAAGUUCACGAGUUGGCAACCAGACUCGAAUAGGUGACAUUCGUAAACCACCUCAAAACUGACAACAAAACACUCGGAACGCACAUCGCUACAAUCACACAAGAACUGGAAGUACCGUUUCUCACAUUAGUCACAUUUCUUUGAUAAUCUUCUCAUAAUUCAUUAGAUUGUCCUGGAAAUUUUGAGUAGAAUCUUCCUUAGUUUGGCUGAGCUCAAUCAGGUUGAUUCUCAACUAUCAAAAAUUGUGUCAGCACUCCAUCAAAACAUAUCACAGUAAAAUAAAUGUCGACCAAAAAAUUAUCCAAUAUCUUCGGAAAUCAUGUCCCUCAUCUAAAAACUAAUCAAGAGAUUGCAAAAAACAUUUCUAAAUUUCUAAUUUCCUCAAACUUCAAAGGCAUUCAGAAAUCACCUAUUUUUCGCGACGCAAAUUCUGCAGUUACACAUAUUGUUCUUUCAGACCCACUUGUCCCCGUUAAUUCUUGCUUGCAAUUUUUUGAUUUCUUGCGGAAAAAUCCAUCCGAAUCAUUUCCAAAACCCGAUCUUCGGGCCCAUAUUACCCUCAUUUUUAGAUUGUUAGAAGCCAAAAAGUUUGCAAUUGCUAAAAAUUUAUUGAUUUCCUUGUCUAUUGAUCAAAAUCUACAAUGCCCAGUUGCAGAUUUUGAGUCUAUUGUAGAACAAUUUGGUAGUAAGCCUGGGAUUGUGCCAAAAUUUUAUGAUCUUUUGAUGAGAAUUAAUGCAGAUAAUAAGAAGUUUGAUGAUGCCUUCAAAGUGUUUGAUUAUAUGACUAAGAGAGGGUUUCAGGUUGAGGAGAGGAGUUGUAUGGUUUGCUUGGUUUCUCUGAAGAGUUCUGGCAGAUUUGAGUAUUUGAUUCAAUUUUUUACUAAGAUGGUUAGUUCGGGUGUCGAAAUUACUGUGUAUUCGAUGUCGCUUGUGGUUGAUUGUCUGUGUAAGAGAGGGGAGAUUGAGAAGGCUAAGGAAUUGAUAGGUGAAAUGAGUAGGAGAAAGAUCAAACAGAAUUCAUAUCCGUACAACUCCAUGAUAGAUUUUUACAUUAAGAAAAAGGACUUUAAGCAAGUUGAAGAAGUUUUAAGGCUUAUGGAGAAGGCAAAUGUGGAGCCUAAUGCAGCCACAUACACACUUGUAAUUGACGGGUAUGCAAGUAAUGGUAUGAUUAAAGAAGCAGAAAAGGCGUACCAGGAUAUGUGUGCGAUAGGUGUGGUGGCAGAUCCGCACUUGUAUACCGUGAUGAUCAAUUUUUCUUGCAGGAAACAAGACAUGAAGGCGGCGUGCCAUCUUUUUGAUGAAAUGACUGAGAAAGGCCUUUCUCCGAAUACUCACACAUACGGAGCUAUGAUACACGGGUUAUGCAAGGCGGGUCAGUUGGAUGCAGCAGAGAUUCUUGUGGAUGAAAUGCAAAGGAGAGGGCUUGAGUUGAACCAUGUGAUUUUUAAUACUCUGCUGCAUGGUUAUUGCAGAAAAGGAAGAAUUGAUGAAGCACUACUGCUGAAGGAUACCAUGGAGAAGAAAGGAUUUGUGCCUGAUGCAUAUAUGUAUAACAUUAUUGCAAGUGGGUUGCACAAGUUGGAUCAAAAUGAGGAAGCAAAGACAUUCAUGUACUCAAUGUUAGAGAAAGGAUUGUCACUAAAUACUGUCAAUUAUACUACUUUGAUUGAUAUACAUUGUAAAGAAGGUAAAUUUGCUGAAGCAAAGAGGCUUUUGAAGGAAAUGGAGAAGAAGGGGGAAGGUCCUAAUGUUGUGACAUACAAUUCUUUGAUUGAUGGAUACUGUAAGGAAGGUAGGAUGAAGGAGGCUCGUGAGCUUAAGAAUGAGAUGGAGGAUAGAGGAUUAACGCCGGAUGUAUAUACGUACACGUCGAUAUUACAUGGUGAAUGUAUUAAUGGGAAGAUGGAUUGUGCACUGGAAUGGUUCAAUGAGAUGUCAAUUAGAGGGUUAACACCAAAUGUAGUUACUUACACAGCAAUAAUUUCAGGCUUGGCAAAGGUGGGGAGAUCAGAUGAAGCUUUUAAAUUGUAUGAUCAAAUGAUAGAGGCAGGCCUUACUCCGGACAAUACAGUUUAUUCUUCACUUGUGGGUAGCCUUCAUUCAGCUUAAGCCUAGGUCAAAAGAUUUUGGAACCAUCUACAAACAAAAACUUGAACGGUUGAACCUUACAUUUUGGUGGAUAUAGGGUAACUUUUGUGGUGAUUUGAAGACUUUUAUGUACCAUAAUUGUAAUUCCAUAUAUAAGAAGCGAACUUUAAAUAUGUAAAAGUAAUUUGCAUAACUUGUUAAAAAAUGCAAAAAGGGAAAAAUAUUAGUUUGGAAAAGUUAGAGGGGAAGUGGGCUUGAGUGCAUCCAUAAUCAUGAACAAGAUAAAUGUUCGUAGGGAUGGCGCAUUAAUUUUCUUCCUUGACCAUUAGAAAUAAAAUAGUUCGUGGGUGGAAAGUAAAUUCUUUUUGUAACAACAAAUAUUAUUGCAACCGUCAUUUGACAAAAUGGAACAGAUUGUUUUGAACAACAC